AUGGGAGGGGGGACGCCGAGGGCAGCCUGGGCCCCGCGAGCGGCUGCCCGGGGUCCUGGGGCUCCCCGGGGGCCGUGCGGGGCCGCGGGCGGCGGGUCACCCGCGCCCCCGUCCCGGAGGGGCCGGCGCGCCGCGCCCCCCGCAGCUGCGGGCAAGUCCUCACUUCGGACAGCAUCGCGCGUCCGCGGGCAGGUGGCGCCGGCGGGGGCCGGGGGCGCGGCCGUGAGCGCCUUCUCCGCAGGUGCGGGUGCGGGUGCGGGCCGCUCCUGCCCCGCCCCCGAGCCGAGGUCCGGUAACACGCCUGAUGAAUAUUUCAGCGGCGACCUCGCAGGGGCGCCGGCUCCAGGUCAAGUUUCAUGA